AUGUCAAAUCUUUCACAAACAGCGCGUCGGCUCUUCCGAUCGCAAACCCUUUCAGCAUUCAGAACAUACUCGCCCGCAGCUCCAAUUGCGCGUCUUCACCAACAAGGUCCAACACGGUCGGCAGUGGUUCACGACCAAGCACUGCCCAGCCAAGCAGAAACACCCUCAUUCCUUUCUCAAGCCCAAUCACAGUCACCACAGCAUGAGCGAACAACCCUCGAGACUCUUGUUUCUCAAAUUCCUCUCGUCCAAACCCUCCGCGAAACCCACAGCACCUACAAAGAAACACGUCCUCAUCUCGCAAUCCCACCACCCAUCAGACAGCAUCAUUUCGUGGGCGGAAGCUUGGAUGGUCCAGGCAAGCUUGCAUUCGCACCAUACAUGUGGCUGUCAACAGGCAAGACUGGAGCACAAUCCGAAAGCAACGACCGAGCCAGCAACGUCGUGUCUGUAUUUCACAUCGGUCAGGACCUAUGUGGUCACCCCGGCUUUGUGCAUGGUGGUCUUCUCUCUGUUCUCUUUGAUGAGGUGUUUGCGCGCUGCGUCUCUGCAGCUUUCCCCAGCGGGCUGGGUAUGACGGCGAAUCUCAAUGUGAAUUACAGAAAGCCUGCUCUUCCUGACCGUAUGUAUGUGCUGCGCACGAAGACGGUUAAGGUUGAGGGUAGGAAGGCUUGGGUUGAGGGGAAGAUGACUUAUCUUCCUUUGGCUUUGCCUCUUUCUACGGACUCGCAUGGCGUCGUUUCUGAUGCUACUCUGCUACAGGAAGACAGUGAAGGUGCGGUAAUGGUUGCUGAAGCUACGGCUUUGUUUAUUGAGCCUAAAUUUGCAGAUUCUAUGGUGUCGAUUUAUUCGAACUAA